AUGGAUAAGCCCCUAAAUAUGUCGGAGGCGCAGUACUGCAUGGUCAGUCUGACGUAUGAGCGUGCUUCCGACUUUCGUGCGCACGUAGGAGGUAACCCGGACGAUAUCGAUAGAUAUAUCAAAAUGGAGAACAUGAAUGAGGUCAAGCGUGUACUGGAGAUGUUUCCUGAGCAUCUCCCUGAACCAUCCGAUGACCCUAAGUCUGCGUCCACUCCAACCUUAGAGCCUGAACCGAGUCCCGCUUCGACGAGCAGAUGUAUUGAAUGCUCCUCUAGUUACCCCGGACCUUCUACCAGCUCUGCUGCGUCGUCAUCGACGUCUUCGGUGCCCCUAUUCCCUCCUCUUAAUGCUACUAACCCAUGGACUUCGGUGUUCAUCUCUGGAGAUACCAUACACGAUCACCCAACGCCAUCACACACACACACACCACCCUCGCACGCAUCCUCAUCAAUGCCCGAAUCUAUAACGUCCUCCGCAACACUGACGCCCGAUGCCUCCGCACCUCCUCCAUCUCCUCCACCCUUGGUCGAGGACUUUCCGUCUUAUUUUGAACCAUCUACCUCAUCAAUCGCUUCGACCUUUAAUGACGCGCCAGCAAGCUUACCACCUCUUUCAUCAUCACCCGCAUUCGAUGAUGUAUUCGGAUUCUUUUCGUUUCAAGAACCUUCCUCCACUCUUCCCGAUCUCCCAGCUCCCCUUACACCCCCUCAUUCUCCUCACCUGCCACCUAUGACCUUCCCUCCCCUGAGUCCUCUUCAUCCCCAUCAUGCAAUGCCACCCUUCCUAAGUUUCAACCCACCUUCUCCCAUCUCUCCCACGAGCACGGUGUUCCCCUCUGCGUCCCCGUCGAACUGGCCCAAAGGUCGAGUGAUUGCCGCUCCGUUCCCAGGACCAUCUCAGGCUUUCCGAGAAACGAUGGCUGUAUUUUUGCCUGAUUAUGAUUAUAAAGGGUUAUCAGCGAGUCGCUAUAAGAUUGCAGGAGAGGUAAUGAGCAGGAAGCAUGCGGAGGAUCAAAAGGUUAUUGAGAGAUUGGAGAUGCAGCAGAGGUUGAGUAAAGCGUAUAUUGAGUGUAGGAGGGAGAAUGGAGCUGAUUUCAAAGCUUGUGAGUGA